AUGCGUCUUCUGCUUCUUGUACUUAUCGGCUGUGUUGCCGCUACUAAUUCCUCUUCCUCAAAAAAUAAGCGAGCAAUCGACGACAGCACACAUACGACCAAAAAAAGCGAAAUAGUAGAAGGAAGUGGGAACGACUCUGGAUCAAAAGACUCCGUAACGUCACCGGACGUCGAAAUCCAUGGGUCUGGCUAUGGUAGUGACGACGAAGAUGGCGAUUCAGUGCAUGGAUCUGGAGCCUCAAUUGUUGAUGUUGUCGAAGGAUCAGGAAAGGUUAUACCUUCGAUACAACAACGACCACAAGUGACGACAACUACAACAACCACUCAUAUUCCUCCUGUACAUUCACAUUCGGAUUCGGAACAAUCACAUGUGUUCAAUCCAGUGGUGCCUAUUCGACAACUACCUAAGGAUGACGUCACGACUACAUCCGUAACUACAACUACAACGACGUCCUCAACACGGCGUGUUGCUAUUCAGCCAGCAACUACACCUGAUCCUACUGCCACACAAUCACCAUUCCAUCCAGUGCUCAAACCCGGAAUAUUUGCCGCAGUUGUUGGUGGAACAGUGGUUGGUCUACUGACUGCGAUCCUCCUUGUGAUGUUUAUUGUUUAUCGGAUGCGAAAGAAGGAUGAAGGUUCAUACGCAUUAGAAGAACCGAAGCCACGUCCUUACGCCAGUUAUGCGUACACAAAAGCCUCCACAAAAGAAUUUUAUGCCUAG